AAUUUUUGGAUUUUUAGUAAUGCAAUAAAUAUACCGACUUAAAGUCACGACAAAACAUAAAUCAUAUAUUUAGGAAAUUUAGUAAACCAAUAGCAAAAGUUUAUUCUUGUAUUAUCAAAGUGUCGAAACUGACGGACACAACUCUGGAUUUUCAUUUGAAACCCCAACCAUGAAAGGCACCUAUCAGUACCCGGACGGCAGUCAGUACAAAGGGGACUGGAAUGCCGAUGGCCAAAGGGAGGGCUACGGGCACAUGAAGUUCCCCGACGGCGCCCAGUAUUUCGGCAUUUUCGUCGCGGGUCUCUGCGAAGGUCACGGGGUUAUGGUGUUCAGUGACAACUCGAGAUAUGAAGGCGAAUUCAGACAGGGCAAAUUUCAUGGCAACGGGGUUUUUACAAGAUGUGACGGAAUGAAAUUCGAAGGCGAGUUCCAGGGAGGAAAAAUCUUCGGCCAAGGUCUGGUCACGUUUUCCGAUGGUUCCCAUGGGUUACCUAGGAACGAGGGCUACUUCGAAGGUAACCGCCUCAUCCGACGGGGCAAGUGUGCCGACGCCGUCUUGGCAGCAGAGAGGGCAGCCGACGUCGCCAGAAAUGUGAAACCUUGAUCUCGAGCAUUUUGUGUUUUCUUCUUCUCUGUGUUGAUGUAAUUAGUGUAGAUUGUAACCUUGUUUUGGAUUUUAAAAAAUGCAUUUAAAACAAAAAGUUCGGUUAGUUCAUAUAGAAUUCACAUCGAUGGAAAUUAUUUAUGCAGAUUUUGGCAUCAGUGGGUUUUAGAAGGAAUAAGAGGGACAACUCUUACUUGAACAUUAUUUGCGAACAUGUUUCUUUUCUUUCUUAGUUCGAAACAAACGUGAUAUUUGAGUACCAUGAAUGGUUUCAAUUACUAGCCACGAUGGACAACUUAAAAAACAUGUGAUAGAAACAUCUGCAAUUUUCUUCAAAAGAAUAUACUAUCGAAAUGACCUGUGUUUACAGUUUAGAACCUUUUAUGGCAAAGGGGCGUAACAUAUUUAUAAAGGUCACGUUUAUCAUGAAUAAAAUCUCACUCUAAUCAGAAUAAUUAAUGUGCGUAAAUUGGGAAAGGGGAACAUGUGUUUAUUUAUACAAGUAUAUACUUAUUACAUUCUACAUUCAGCUUAUGAUGACAUUAUCCGAGUAUGUAGCUUAGAAGUACAUUUAAUAUCGCAAUGGCAUUCCGACAAUCAUUUUUCACACGUGAAAGCAAAAAUGUCAUUUAAUUGAGUCUUUGACCUUGUGGCCAUUUAUACUUCUGCAAUGGCGCAAAGUUAAACGAAUAGUGAUGUUAUUGUAUUUGAUUGAUAUAUUUUAUAAUUGUUGUGUGAUUAAUACUUUUCUUUAAAUCGUCCAUAAUGUUGUAUCAUUUUGGAAUGAACUUUCCUUUUUAUCCUGUUUAUUCUAGUAUACAUAUGCAUGUGUGUCUUACACUUGUACUUUAUACUUCCGUUAUACAUUAUUGCAUGGAACUAGUACGUAUAUAUUACAUUUUUGAAGAUCUUUUUUUUAAUUAAGUGCAAUAUGUACUUAAAGAAAUAUGUAAAAUCCUUUAAAAACAUACUAGUACGUUGUUGUCAAGUGUUUUUUUCGUUUUGGUUCCCUGCGUUUUUCUUUUAAAAGUGUAACAGGUGUUUCUUGUUGCGGUCAUUGUUGAUUCAUGAAGAUUUCUUUAUAUGUUAAUGUAUUGUUAUUAAUUGUGUAGAUUUAUAUUUUCUUUCGUUUUCAAUAUAUUUAAGUCAUAUUUUACAGGAAGGUGUUUUUAGCCAAAUGCUUACAUCUGCUCGAGAAAGGCUUACUUUUCCUGUAUACAAUUUGUAACCACUUGCAUGAAACUUGUUGUCUAUUCUUUAAGUGCUACAAAGCAAUGUUAUUCAAAGCUUUCUUGAAUUGUAUGUUCAUUUGUAGAAUGACAACACAUGGUUAUCUUGCCGAUGGGUUUUUAGUUAAUCAAAUGGGCCAUUCAAACACUUAACGCAUGUUUUUACCUCUGACAUUGGCCAUAUCGAUCUUCUUUGCGUAUUUAUAGACAUAGAGAGGGAAAUAAAAAUCAGAAAGUC